AUGCUGUCGUUUUCUCCAUUUCCCGUACAUGUGCUGGUUUUGCUCGUCUUGGUUGGUCUCCACCACUGUGCGGCAUCUACAAGGAAGAUUGGAGUAGGAUGUCAGCUCGACUUUACGUUUGACCGCAGCAAGGUUGCCCGAAGACCCAACAGCGCUGAGGUGGACGCUAUUAUUCAGCUGACAAAACUGUUCUAUGCAGACAAAUGCUCCAAGCUCCUGAACGGUGAGUUCGUCGAAGUUGGGCUCUCCGACCUUGCGACACCGAAACGCCUUCGUGGGGUAGACUAUACUUUCCGCUUCAGGUUCUUUACUACUGUGGAGGUCACAUCGGACUCGUCGUUGGGGCAAGCAGAUUUAUCUGGCCUUUUGUCAGGGCUCGAUUACGACCACGAAUACAAGGAAAACUUCGUAUGGAAAUACUUCGGUACGUCGGACAAGAGCAUCUUCUCUUCUGCGAUAGCGGUGACCUUCCAGCAGGCGGGUCUCCCGAAGCAAUCGAUCUUUGGAAAUGUCGAGAGUGAGGGGCCGUAUUUUGAAAGAAAGCAUGGUCACAGAGACGGACCGUACUACGACAAGAGGAAGAGGCACGGUGAGAGAUACCCGGGGAUCUAGCUAGCAGGAGCUUAACUCCUGUCCGAGUCCAUGCAGGCCACCAAGAGUCAGCCUUGCGAACAAAAGAGGAUUAGCCACUCUGAAGAAUCUUUACCAGCGGGGCACCGCUGCGUUGUCCGCUUCGUUCGGCUUAGUCACUAUAGCCACGUUUUGGAGGUGAUUGCUAGCUAACUUCUGGUACCGUAGUAGGCUCCCAGCAUGAGACUUUCGCUCUCACUCGUUCCUAGUUUAUUUUGAAACAACCGAUUGCAAGGUAACCGU